AUGUCGAUGGAUCUGGAUGCCCCCGUUCCCAUGUCGGGAAUGCAGCAGCAGGACCAACCCGUCACUGCAACUAUUCUCUGCUGCAACUGCGGUGCUCCUAUUGAUGGAACUACUGCUGCUGGUGCACUCUGCCAAGACUGUGUUCGCCUCUCGGUCGAUGUCUCGCAAGGCGUGCAACGUGAAUCGACGCUGCAUUUCUGCAGGGAUUGCGAGCGAUGGCUACAACCCCCUAACAGCUGGCUUGUCGCCGCUCCCGAAUCGAAAGAACUCCUAGCGAUCUGUUUGCGCCGCCUUCGUGGCCUAUCGAAAGUCCGAAUUAUCGAUGCCAGCUUCAUUUGGACUGAACCUCACUCUCGCCGUGUCAAGGUCAAGCUCACAAUCCAACAAGAGGCUUUCCAGGGUACCAUCAUUCAACAGUCCUUCGAGGUUGAGUAUGUGGUUGCCACGCAGCAGUGCCCCGACUGUCAGAAGAGUUUCACCCACCAUGCCUGGCGCGCGUCGAUCCAACUCCGACAGAAGGUCCCUCACAAGCGUACCUUCUUGUACCUCGAACAGCUCAUUCUGAAGCACGGCGCACACAAGGAUACUGUCAACAUUAAAGAGGCAAAGGAUGGUCUGGACUUCUACUUCGCUAAGCGUAACGAAGCCGAGCGCAUGGUUGAGUUUCUGUGUAGUGUGGCUCCAUGCAAGGUCACCAAAUCGCACGAGUUGAUUAGUAUGGAUAUCCAUACAAGUGUUGCUCAGUAUAAGCACUCCUUCUCAAUCGAACUCAUCCCCAUCUGCAAGGAUGAUUUGGUUGCACUCCCUAUCAAGCUUGCCCGUCAGCUUGGAAACAUUUCUCCUUUGGCCCUUUGCCACCGCGUCGGCAGCUCUGUCAACCUCAUCGACCCCCAGACACUCCAGACAUGUGACGUUCCCACGGCUGUGUACUGGCGCUCUCCGUUCAAGAGUCUCGCCGAUGUUACCGAGCUGAAGGAGUUUAUGGUGCUGGAUAUUGAGCCUGUCGGUCAGACAAACGGUCGUUUCUACCUGGCCGAGGCCACUGUUGCUCGUGCCUCGGAUCUUGGAUCUAAUGACACCACCUAUUUCACACGAACCCACCUUGGCGGCGUCUUGCACGUCGGAGACUCAGUCCUCGGAUACCACCUGACCAAUACCAUCUUCAACGACGAUAACUACGAUGCGAUCGAAGCUAGCAGUCAAUACGGCUCCACUAUUCCAGAUGUUGUCUUGGUUAAGAAGCACUACGCACGCAAGAAGAAACCCAAGAACCGCGCCUGGCGCCUCAAGCGCAUGGCCCGCGAGUAUGAAGAAGAGGCUGCUGCUGCUGCUGCCAGUUCUGCUGCCCCCACUCGCGCCCAGAAGCAAGAUGCCGAUCGCCUCGAAGCCGACUUCGAGAUGUUCUUGCGUGAUGUUGAAGAGGAUCAGGAGCUCCGACAGACCCUGGAUCUUUACAAGACUCGUAAGCAGGCUGAUGCCAUGGAGGAGGAUAGCGGCAGCGAAGACGAGGCUCCGAAGAUCAACAUGGAAGAGCUGCUUGAUGAUUUUGAUGAGUUGAACAUGGGUGGUGACGAAUGA